AUGCUUGCAUCUCAACUUCUCCUCAGCCUGGCCGCGGCCGGCCUGGUCUCAGCCCAGAACACCGUCACCUCCAUGUUGAUCUAUGGCGCAGACCCGCAGCCUCUUGUCGCUUCCAUCGUCGGUAGUGACGCCACCGCAACAACAUACAGCAUCAACUGUCCCCCAGGCACAGAUAGCUCCGACUGCGGGAUGGGCCCCGGCCUGACGCUUGUCGCUGGUCCCACGACCACCGUGUUGAAGAUGGAUGAGCCGGGGGAGGAUUUCCAUUGGACCGUCAGCUGCUCUGUUGGCGGAACGACCACCGCCGUGUGUACCGAGACGGCCAGCGGCGCGGCGGCGAAUUUUCCUGGUGUCAGUUCCUUGACUUUCUCCAGUGAUUUGCCUCUGAUGGCGGUGACUAUUACUGCUGGUUCGGGUGCGGGUGCGGGAGCGACGCCUGUCACUGCUAGUGCUACCCCCACUACGUCUGCCUCUGCGACUGCCUCCGGGAAGUCUACUGCGUCGGAGGAUGCAGGCAAGCCUUCGUCUACCGGCUCGUCGGCUGUGAGUACCGGGGGAAUGCCGCGGGUGACUGGUGGUGCUGGUGGGCUUUUCGGGGCUGCUGCAGUGGCUUUGGGUGUGUUUGCUCUGUAG